CUCAGCGUCGCCCUGGAGACGGCGGCGCAGCGCGCCGGGCACGGACGGGCCGGGCACGGACGGGCCGAGCAUGGACGGGCUGGGCUGGGCCGCGCAGCCCAGCGGAGGGGCGGACGAGGAACCGGGCGAGCCGCGCUGGCCCCCGCCCCCCGAGGAGAGCACAGACCACCCGGCAGAGCCGCGGUGCGAGACAGCCCCGGCCAGCCCGCAGCCGACCCCCACGGGCCUGCCCACCCUCCUGGCCUACAGACCCGAGUCCUCGCAGACAAACGUAUACCAUGAGCAGGCAGAGGAGGAUGCUGAGCCGACGUGUGAGUACUGUGGCAAGCUGCUGAGGCCGUUCCCCUUCUCCGAGGAUGUACCUCUCUCCGAGGACCAGGAAGACAGAUUCUGCUGCGAGCGCAGCCGAGAGCUCUACGAGUUCAUCGUGAAGGAGAAGAGGAGGCUCGAGGAUGCCAGCAGCGUUCCCAGAGCUGUCAGCACCCACGAAUCCCUCGGCUCCGAAGCCAACCUGCUGCUGUCAAAGGAGCAAGACAACCAGAGGCAGCAGAAGAGACACCUGGCUAGAGAGUUGGCUGACCAGUCUUUAAGGCCAAGUGCCACUAAAGGUUCACAGCAAGCUGGAUCCGUUUCCUACGAGCCUUCCCAGGAACUCUCAUCUCCCGAAGGCAGCACACCAGUGCCUGCUGCAAGUGCAGCUGAGCCCGAGCCCGAGCCCUGGCCCAAGGAGAAGCCCAAGCCAGAGCCCCGGCCCGAGGAGAAGCCUGAACUGGAACCUCAGACCGAGGAGGAGCCCGAGCCAGAGCCCGAGCCCCGGCCCGAGGAGAAGCCUGAACUGGAGCCCCUGCCCGAGGAGGAGCCUGAGCCAGAGCCCCUGUCCGAGGAGGAGCCCAAGCCAGAGCCCCUGCCCAAGGAGGAGCCCGAGCCAGAGCCCCUGCCCAAGAAGCCUGAACUGGAGCCCCUGCCCGAGGAGGAGCCCAAGCCAGAGCCCCGGCCCAAGGAGAAGCCUGAACCGGAGCCCCUGCCUGAGGAGAAGCCUAAACCAGAACCUCAGACCGAGGAGGAGCCCGAGCUGGAGAAAGAGCCCAAGCCUGAGCCCAAGUCCCAUCCCAAAGAGGAGCCCAAGCCCAAGCGCAAGCCCAAGAAAGAGCAGGACAAGAAAGCCUUGUCCCGCGGCGUCCUCGGCUGUGACUUCAGUCUUCUGGGGAAGAAGGUGGGGAAAGGUAAAUUGGUGCAGAAGUACUACAAAAACGGAAAGAAAUUCCUUACCAUGCUCCCAGAUGGAACCUCGCAGUUAUUCUAUCCAUCUGGAAACCUGGCCAUCAUCAUUACACAAGCGAGAGACCAGCUGAUGUGCAUAGUACAGGAAGACGAGCCAAGGACAGCCAAAAUCCGAGCACUGUUUCAGUCUGAUGGCAGGAGCACUUGCUAUUACCCGACCGGAGAUGAAUGGAUAAAUAUGAGUAUCCAAGGUGGGCAGUAUUUGGACCAAGCAGGCAACAGGGUAAGAAGGUGGAUGUGGCCAAACUUGUCACCAGGACCCCAGGUCCCACUGAGCCCCAUUUUCAUCUCCCUGAACCGCCACGUGGGGGUCAGGAUCCUGGCCCAGGACAAGAUCUUCGUCUCCUUCCUCGCCAUGGGGCGACAAGCAAAAUUCAACAUGGGAACCAAAGUGCAGGUCAGCACCAGCAGCCAGCUGCCUCCUCCAGCCCAGCUGGGUGAGGAUGAGCUCCUGCUGCUUGCCUUCCGUGUGAGGAUCCUGCAGCUCUUUGACAGGAUGCGGGGAUGCCUCAACUUCCCUUCCAGUGAGCAGUGGAACAAAAUGCAGCCUCCCAUGUACCUGAUGACCCAGGCUGUGAAGAUCCUGGAGCUCUGCAUGGCUGCUGACAUAAGUGAUGAGCUGCGCAGCUCCAUCAAGGCAAUAGUAAAUGCCCAGCAAUUCUGACCAGUGUGUGUGUGGUG